UUUCAGUUGUUUCUUGCUCGAGACAAAAGGGAGGAGCUUGGAGGGCUGGGCGGUGACUGAAGAGCACUGUCGAAGAAUCAAAGAAAACAAUUCACAAAUUGGAAUGGCACCAGAGCCUGAGGAUGAGAUCAAGGACGAGAAGAACCCUCGCCCUCUCGACGAAGACGACAUCGCUCUUCUCAAAACUUAUGGUUUAGGGCCAUAUUCUAAUAGCAUUAAGAAGGUGGAGAAGGAAAUUAAGGAAAUGGCUAAGAAAGUCAAUGACUUAUGUGGCAUUAAGGAGUCUGACACGGGUUUAGCAGCACCAAGUCAGUGGGACCUUGUUUCUGAUAAGCAAAUGAUGCAGGAGGAGCAGCCUCUUCAGGUGGCGAGGUGUACGAAAAUAAUAAAUCCAAACACUGAAGACGCAAAAUAUGUAAUAAAUGUCAAACAAAUUGCAAAGUUUGUUGUCGGGUUAGGUGACAAGGUUUCCCCAACUGAUAUAGAAGAAGGCAUGCGUGUUGGGGUUGAUCGUAAUAAAUAUCAGAUACAGAUUCCUUUGCCACCAAAAAUUGACCCAAGUGUGACCAUGAUGACAGUGGAAGAGAAACCAGAUGUGACUUAUAAUGAUGUUGGCGGAUGUAAGGAGCAGAUUGAAAAGAUGCGAGAAGUUGUUGAACUACCCAUGCUUCAUCCGGAGAAAUUUGUGAAGCUUGGCAUUGAUCCUCCUAAAGGUGUUCUGUGCUAUGGUCCUCCUGGAACUGGUAAAACACUUUUAGCCAGAGCUGUUGCUAAUAGAACUGAUGCUUGUUUCAUUCGAGUUAUCGGAAGUGAGCUUGUUCAAAAAUAUGUUGGUGAGGGAGCAAGGAUGGUUCGUGAGCUAUUUCAGAUGGCUCGUUCAAAGAAGGCUUGUAUUGUAUUUUUUGAUGAAGUUGAUGCCAUAGGUGGUGCUCGUUUUGAUGAUGGUGUGGGUGGAGACAAUGAGGUUCAGCGUACAAUGCUUGAAAUUGUGAAUCAGCUUGAUGGAUUUGAUGCUCGUGGAAACAUUAAAGUUCUUAUGGCAACAAACAGGCCUGACACUCUAGAUCCAGCACUAUUGCGUCCUGGACGAUUAGAUCGUAAGGUUGAAUUUGGCCUUCCAGAUUUGGAAAGUAGAACGCAGAUAUUUAAGAUUCAUACACGAACAAUGAACUGUGAAAGGGAUAUCCGGUUUGAGCUGUUGGCUCGGCUUUGCCCAAAUUCAACAGGAGCUGACAUUAGGAGUGUAUGCACUGAAGCUGGAAUGUAUGCAAUUCGAGCACGAAGGAAGACGGUGACAGAGAAAGAUUUUCUUGAUGCAGUGAACAAAGUAAUUAAAGGAUACCAGAAAUUCAGUGCAACACCGAAGUACAUGGUCUACAAUUGAGCGGAUUGUUUCUUAAUGUUGAACAAAUUUGGUACUGGUUAUAGAUCCUAUCCAAGUGGAUGAUGAUCUGAAGCAAUGGCUGUUUUACUGACUUCCAUCUUUUGAUGAUUGUGUUUGAAGCUUUGCGUGAUUCAUGUCUCUGAAUUUUCCAAUGGUAAGGUUACCAUUUAUGUUAAAUUCCAUUCUUCUCUUCUCUGGCAA